GUCCCCCGACGCCAUGGUGCUCCAGAGGACUGAGCGCGGUGCAACAGGAACGAAUGUACGAAUAGCCUGAACUUCACCGUUGCCCUCUUGUAGUUCUGUUUCUUCAGUGUGCUCUCCCCGACUCCAUCCUAGCAGGAUUGGUUUUCUCUUUCUUCUGCUUCUCAUUGCAGAUCUGGUUUGACCAGCAUUAUCUCCGAGCAGUUGCAAGAAUCUGACUCCCGGUUGACGGCCGCACUUUCGAGAGAGAUAGGGCAGGAAUCUGCGUGAGAUAUCAAAUCUCAUCCGAGUUUUGCUGUCUUGUCGUGUAUGUACUUUCGACUGCUUGCUUUUACGUCAAGGAUACACUUUCCAGCAUCCGACGGAACUUAUUCUUACGGAUUUUUGUGACGGCCCCCAAGAAAACAAUUGAUCUUCAUUUUCGAUUGCUCUGAACCCUUGAAACAAGAUUAUUCACGAUGAUGUUCAAGUCGGUCCUUCUCUUGAUCGUCGCGAGUCUUUCGCUCCAUCUGGUGUCGGGGUUCAUGGGCUCCCUGUGUGGUAUCACUUGCAACUUGGACGAACCAGGGAGGCAGAGGUCAGAGCGCAUCGAUGUGCCCUGCCAUCCUACAAGGGUACUCCGUCGUUGUGCCAGGCAGCUCCCCAAGUUGAAAUCGAGCCGGUCUGAUGAGAAUGUUGGAGGCGACGAGCAGAGAAUGUCUCUGCUUACAGGCAAUCUUGUGUCUGAGCAAGUAGACAAAAACCUCACGAGGGCCAUCUGGACAUGCGGCAAAGGCGUCUCGAUCGAACUGACUUACAACGACGAGGAGUGGCACAGGGUCCACGAGGGGGAAGUAGCCGUGACGCUCACAAACGCUGAUGGAGUGGCGAUGGGGAAAUCUCUGGUGGUCAAGGAAGGCCAGUGGCUGAAGACUCCUGCCAAUUGCAGGGUCAGGUGGACGGUGAUUAGAUCGAUCAAGCUGCAGACAACCUACGCUGAACCGUUUCGACUGGUCGCCAACGGCUUCAUCCUUGCUCCUCCUCUUCCUAAGGCCUUGUUCCAGUCAAACCAAGAGCAGGUGCAGCCUAGUCAGCCUAAGAGUCCUCAAUCCUAUCGGAAGAGGAUAAGCAAGUUCAUCGAGAGGACCAGGCAAGGGGCUUCUGCUUUCCUGGACGACCUGUCCAAUCCUCUGUCGUCCAUUGGGAAGGACGUGAAAUCUGUUACGGAAAUGACGCCUAUGUUCAAUCAGACAGGAAUCAAGUGA